AGCGACGCGUGCAGUGACGUCAAAUUGGGAAAUCGAAACUGACAUGGAUUUCCCGAGUAAUGUUUAACACCUGAUCGUUAGACACAAACUGUUGAAGAAAGUUCGGUAUUAAAGCAGCACUGACGAGAGAAAGCCGUCUCAUCGUCCAGACAUCGCUGAAGAACACAAGAGGCCACAGAACGCGCUGUCGCUGUCGCUGUCGCUUAACACGACUAAAGAACGGUGCAGUUACAUUGGUGGUUUGAUUGCAUCAUGGCUCAAACAAAACCGCUCUUUGUUCCCUGGCUGUGUGAACAAAUCCAAAGUGGAGGUUAUCCUGGAGUGUGUUGGAUCAAUAAAGAACAGGGACAGUUUAGCAUUCCCUGGAAGCACGCUUUAAGACAGGACUCCAACAGUGAUGAUGUCCUCAUAUUCAAGGCCUGGGCUCAGACGAGCGCUGCUGGAGAUGGCAGGAUAAAUGGAGAUCACUCUGUUUGGAAGAGAAACUUCCGUAGCGCUCUUCGAGCAAAAGGCUUCAAGAUGAUAUUUGACAACAAGAACGAUGCUGCUAAUCCACAUAAAGUCUAUCAGUUUCCAUCUGAAGCUCAUUCUGCAGCUUUGGGAUCCGAGGGCUCUCAAGAGACUGAUUUCUCACCAGAUCUGUAUUUGGAGGAUAGCGAAGUGUUCCCUACACAUCCACCCCAAGGUUUGGAGCAAGAUUUCACAGGACUAAACCUUAAGGAAAGUCCCUCACGAGUUCGCGAAGUUUGGAAUCCUGAUCAGUUAUAUCUGGGGCUUGGAGAUCAAGGACUCUUCCAAGAAACCAGUCCAUGUCCAGAAUCCCAUUAUCAGAUAAUGGAUACUCAUGCGCCCUUUUCUUCUGCUGAGGGGGCGACAGCUGCGUAUGAACCAGGUGUUGAAGGUGUAGGUCAUCAGGGUAGUAUUCCUAUGCCAAAACUGGAGACGUUUUUUCGGAUUAAGAUUUAUUAUAAAGGGAAGAUGGUAAAGGAACAAUUGGUGGAGAAUGACAUUGGUUUCAGACUGACGUAUCAGGGAAACAUGGACGAGUCCAACUUGAUGGGCAGUGCUAAUCUACCAGUGGUCCGACUGCCUAGUCCAGAAGGUAUUCUGGAUCAGAUCCAGGCCAAGCAUACCAAUGAAAUUCUGAACAAUCUGGGGGGUCUGGAGAUCAGGAGAUUGGAUGGCGUGGUUUGGGGUCACCGCUGGGGAUUGAGCAGGAUCUACUGGGGUCUCUGCAAACAUGAAAACAGCCAAACACCCAGAGAACUCUCCAAAAACAAACCUGAAACCAUCUACUUCUUCAGAGAGUAUAUAUCAGGUUUGAUGGAGUUUAUGCAGACAAGCAAAGAAUCUCCUUCCUGCACUCUUUACUUUUUUCUGGGAGAGAAGUGGCCCGACCCCAAAAAGAAGCCAUGGGAGAAAAAACUCAUCAUGAUAGAGGUUAUUCUGACUUCACUGGAGGAUUUGAAGACGAUGGCUGUUGAAAACGGGGCGUCUUCACUACAGUCGGUGGAGCUCCAGCUCUCUCUGGAACAAAUGAUGGAGCUGUGUUAGAAAGACAUGACUGCACACUUUUACUGGGCUCCUAAACUGAAACAGUUGACUUUACAGUCACAGUUUACAGGUGACUCCAUGGAUAAUUGUAUUUAGGUGUGUGGAGUAAUACUGGAGAGCAGGAUUUCAGGAAUAGUACAAAGGAAUUGUCAAUGAUUCUGAGGAUAAAAAUACAAAGAUGAGUUUACAAGUGCGGUCAGUUUUCAAAUAGAUGUUGUAUUGUGUGCUAUGAUGAAAGAACGAGGAUUGAAACAUUUAAAAACUGCUCAAAUCCAAGUCUAAUGUGCGUUUCGAGUCUGUUUUACACUACUACGGUUCUCUUGAUGAUGUCCGUUUACAGUAUGCUUCUUAGUCUUUUCUUGGCCUGAAUUUCAUUGUGGUUGUAUCUUUGGCAGUCAUCUGAGCCGUUGUUCCAUUGACAUGUCGGGUUUCUUCAGCUUUCUUUUCAGCUGAUAUGAACUAAGAGGUUGGCACUUAGUAUUGUGGUCAUGUAAAACCUGGAAAUUUCAGGGAUUUCUAUGCGUUUUCCAGGCCUGUUCUUCAGUGUCAUGGAUAUGUCAAGAAAAUGUAUAUUCUGCAUUAUGCCCUGUUCCAAUCAUUUCAUUGGAAAGAUAUCGAUUAUAAUUACAAAAUUAGUUUGUAAUCCGUAAUGUCAGAUUUUUGAGUGAAUCAUUUGAGCCAGUUCUAUAACGAUGAAU